AUGACGGGUAUGAAUCGAUGUGAAAUGUGGUGCCUGCGAGAAAAGCAGAAAAGCGGCGAUGCGAUGGGGGGUGGAGAGGGGUGGGUCGCAUCUGGACGCCGAAGCAGCGGAUUGAGCAGCAAGAUGUUGGCGGGUUUGUGGCUGCUUCUGGGGCUUCUGGGGGGUCGGCAGGCAAAAAAUGGCCGCUGCUUUAACUGCACCAGCAACCGGCACUCUGUUGGCCCGGCUCUCUCUGUUCUUGUUACUGCAGGACUGCAUGAAAUACUGGCCCUCAGCCCUCCCUCCCUCUUCCUUCAAACAACCCUCAACCCUCACUCAACCCUCCCAUCCUUCAACAGCACCACGUUGGUCCUCCAUCUACUCCAUCAUUGGCACAAUCCAUUUCCGCACCUCGGCCACACCACAACUUUUGUCGUAACUCUUGGCACCCUGCAGGGCUGCAGCGGAUCCGUGGAAAUCUGGAUAGCCGCCAUUGGUUACAAUAGUGCUCAAUUCUGCACACAGAUUCCUCCGACGCAUUUCAUAUCCCCAAAGCAUGGGCACACACCAGGGAAUGGUGCUGUAGUGCUAUCUUCUAGAAUCAGCCCUGAAUCAGUCUGCCAACAUGAGAUGAUCGACGUACCAGUUGACCAGAGGGACAUGGUGGACAAAUUAUGCAAGCACCUUUCCCUUUGCCCAGGCGUGUUAGAAGCUUCCCAUUAUGCACUCGACGAGACGCUUACCUUUCUGGCUCUGAACAACAUUUGCCAGCGACGGCACAGCAAAAACGGAAACAAUGUAGAUAUUUAUACUUGUGCCCGGGUAUCGGGCACGGUCAUCACCGUACUAGUUACCCCAGAGGAUCUUCAACUCGGCAUACACGAGCUUCAGCUGAAUACCCAACUCAACACGAUUGGCUGCAGACUGCAUGCCGACGAGCCGAAUCAUAUGUCCAUGUGCGCGAGCUGCUGUGUUUCUGUUGUCCCCGCUCUGUUGGCCAUGAUACAAUGUAUGUAUCUUCUUCACCAUGUUUCCAUCUUGGCAACUGUCAUCAUCAGCCGCGCCCUGGUGUACAAGUCGAUCAAUGCCAAGCGAUCUGCGACUGUGCUUGUCGCCUUACGGAGCCUGGAUGAGAACACCAAGGACACCAGUAGGAUUGUCCUGUCCUGGAUCGAGGACGCCUGUUCUGUCCGGCCCUCGCUCAUACUCAGCUUGUACCUCGUAAUCACUCUGCUGCUGGACCUGCCACAGGCGCCAACACUCUGGCUGGGCGGGGGCGACGCUGCUGCCAUCAUUUAUACUGCUGCAGUGGUCUCCAAUACCCUGUUUCGCCCAGUAGAGAAUACAGGUAACCGGACGCGUCUUCUCUCGGUACACCAGACGUUGCCUCCCAAGGCCACGAGCGGCCAGGUCAAUCGGUGCUUCUUGUGGUGGCUGAAUGACACCUUUCGUCGCAGCUCUCGAUACUCUCUCGCCAUUGAGGACUUGUAUACCUUGGAUGACGCGCUGCUUGUCUCGCGCCGUCUUCCCUGUCUCUCCCAUACAAUUCUGUCGCUUCUGACCAACGAAGCCAUAGCCCUAACCCCGACAGGCUGUUACUGCGUGGUGGUAGCCGCAGGAAUCGUCUAUCUUGGCCUGAGUGUUCUACAUUUGCACUACAACCAAAAAGCCAAUCGCUUCAAGGUCAUGUUUUGCGGCGCUUCCGUCCGUCUCAUCUACAACAAGGCUCUGCAGAAUCGCGACGUCGAUUUUGCGGCUCUCACACUCAUGAGCACCGACGUCGAUCGAAUCGCCGAGUGCCUGACGAAGCUCAACGAGUGCUAUCUGGAGCGGGGAAUCGUCUCUUUUCAAGUUGACUCCUUGACCGACACGAACCUGUACGAUGAAGUUCUGGAUGUGGCCGUCCUCAAGCAUGAUCUUGCGCAGCUGCACAAAGGAGACAAUACCAAGAUGGGGAGCAGUGGCGGCGGCGGCAUCCUCAGCGGUGGGCAGACACAAAGAGUGUUCCUAGCCCGAGCACUGUAUUCCUGUCCCAAGACUCUUCUGCUCGACGACUUUGUCAGUGCCAUCGACGGAUGCUCUGGUCCAGAAGCCUGGCUCACCACCAUUUCCGCGACGCUCGCCACAUCGGUCGACUGGAGCAAGACGGGACCUACCGUCGAUUUUCCUCGCGCGGGCGCGUUUCAAGACGUGCCAGAAGCAGCGGAGGAUGGCGAUGAGAGCAAGGAAGAGGCCAAGGACGCCGAGUUGCCGUGUCGGGAAAAGUGGCCGAAUCAAACGAAAAGGAAGAUUUGCGUCGGCAAGUUGGACUUGGACGUCUAUCGUUAUUACAUGCAGUCCAAUGGCUGGUUCAAGUCGUGGACCUUUGUCGGCUUUACCGUUGUGCACGUCAUCAGCGAAUGGUGCCAGUCCUCUGGUAGAAUGGGUGCAUCAAUGGACAUGGCACGUGGGCAACGCUCUUUGCUUGUCAUAUACCUGCUACCCGGGAUACUCAAUGUUGUCGGCAUCGCCGAAAGCACCGUGGACAGCCUCCUGGGUGCCGCUGCCGCUGCCGAGGCACCUCUAACCGCAACGGGGUCUCCGUACAUGGCGGCUACCGUUCCGCUCCUCAUCGCGGCCAUGUACGUGCUGGAAAAUUUCCAUUUCCAGACGUCGCAGCAGCUCCGAGUGCUAAAGCUCAAGGCACAGGCCCUUGCGCUUCUAGCCCGAUGGCAGAGGCCAAAGUACCUGUUCAUGUGCGUACAGACGUGGUUGAGCACGGUGCUCAUGCUCGACCUCCUCGUUGCUGCCGAGGCCACGACUGUGGUGCUGCUGGCGCUGCUGUUGCGGUCCUGCACCAACCCCGCUCUUCUAGGUGUAUCCCUGAACAAUAUUCUGUUCUGGCGUCCCGUCAUUGUGGCGGCUGGACGCUGUUGGAGAAGUCGCUGGGUGCCAUUGCGUGAACUUCGGUCCUUUGAGCAAGACGUCAAGCCGGAAAACCGGCCGAAGGAGGUCCCUGGCUCGGUCGGCAUGAGCAAUAUCAGUCUUGAUAUUGCAGCAGGUCUCAAGAUUGGCAGUGACAAGAGCUCGGGGCUCGUGGCUACAUUGACACAGCUGCUCGAGAUGGAAGAGGAGUUCAUCAAGAUUGUCGGAUACAACCUGGGCAACCCUCCGACGCGACGUGAUUCGCACACUGUGGACGCCGGCGGGCAACACGGCGAGGCGGCCGUGGAGGCUGUGCUGCGCCGAGUCGGCCUCUGGAACGGGUUGGAGAGCGGCGGCCUGGACAUGGAGCUGACGACGGCGUCGCUGUGCGGUGCUGCUGGACGAGCCGUCGAUGGGGCGACGGACGGGUGGUGCUACGGGUGGUGCUGCGUGACGUGUUUGCAGGUGCACCGUGGUGCCGGACGGCUCAUGACGUCGACACCAUCUGCCCCGGGUUCGACUUAUCCGUCGGUUCGACUUCGUCGUGGUCAAGGAGGGCGGCGGCCGGUUGGUGGAGGCGGGUGUGCCCGAGGAGCUGGUGCGGAGGCAGGAUGGGCAUUUUGCGUCAUUGUUAUAUCUACAUAG